AUGGAUACUCCAUUUUAUCAUCAAAAUAAAAAAUUCAAUCAACAAAAUCAUAUACAAUCUAAUCGUGAAUCACAAGAUUCAACAUCCAUUUUAACCAGCUUUCCUAUAGUGAAUGAGAUAUUAUGUAUGUUGGAAAUACAAAACGUAGACUGUGUUAUAUUGGUCUCUUUUUAUACGUGUGGAUGUGGAUUAUUGAACAAGGAACCGUGGUUUCAUGGUGUUUUGCCUAGAGCAGAGGUGGAACGUCUUUUACAGAAUCAAGGGGAUUUCCUUGUUCGACAAACAAGUAAACGUUCCAGUGGGCGUGAUACCUUAGCCCAUUGGAAUGGAACUAAUGGGGAUUUAAUCAAUGGUAGUCAUAACGAAACAAUAUUAAAUAAAGAUCAUAAUAUUGAUGGAACUGUUUUACGUAUGGUUUUAUCUGUCUUUUGGCAUGGUCAUAGACAUUUUAUUGUAUAUGGUGGACCAGAGUCAGGUGAAGGUUGGCAUUUAGAAGAUGGUCAUUUCUCUACAGUAAGGGAACUAAUUGAAUAUCAUAUGAAAACUCAAACUCCCGUGACAGCUAAAUCAGGUGCAUGUCUUAUUACACCAAUUUCAAGACCUGAUUGGGAACUAGACAAUCGUGAUGUACAACUACUACAAAAAAUUGGUCAGGGUAAUUUCGGUGAUGUUUACCGAGGUGUAUAUAAUGGAAAUGAAGUUGCAGUGAAAACUUGUCGUGUCGAUAUGACAGCAUCAGAUUUACGCAGAAAAUUUCUCCAAGGUGAAACAACUGCUUUAAAUUUCAAUCAUCCAAAUAUUGUCAAAUUAGUUGGUAUUGCAGUUCAAUCUUAUCCAAUUAUGAUUGUGAUGGAGUAUGUUCCAGGUGGUUCUCUUUUAAAUCAUUUACGUAAAUCAAAAAAUGCAUUGCCUGUUAUGAAACUACUUCAAAUGAGUUUAGAUGCUGCUAAUGGAAUGAUGUAUUUAGAAGCGAAAAAUUGUAUUCAUCGUGAUUUAGCAGCAAGAAAUUGUUUAAUUUCUGAUGAUGGUCAAUUAAAAAUAGCUGAUUUUGGCAUGUCGAGAGAAGAGCAUAUAUAUGAAUUAAGUGAUAAACGAGGUCAAAUCCCAAUUAAAUGGACAGCUCCUGAAGCACUUCGAACUGGUCGUUACACUAUUAAAUGUGAUGUAUGGUCAUAUGGUGUACUUUUAUGGGAAAUAUUUACUUUUGGUGAUGUUCCUUAUCGAAAUUGGUCUAAUCAACAAACAAGGGAUAUGAUUGAAUCAGGUUACAGAUUACCUGCACCUGAUUUAAUGCCAGUUUGGUUACGUACAUUAAUGAAUCAUUGUUGGCAUGAUGAACCAAUGAAUCGACCAAGUUUUAUAAAAAUUUCUAAUGAAAUUCAAAUUCCUAAUGUGAAUUCAUUUACACCAAAUUUAAAUAGAUCUAUAGAUCAUUCUAAACAUUGUCAAUUGAAAAUAUCUAAUCAUGAAAAUAAUACAUCAACAAUUCCAUUACAUUUAUCAAUUCCUAUUAAAGAUAGACGAACUAGAGAAGAUUAA